AUGUUUGUUGCACUCUCUACAUCAGCCUAUGUACCAGAGGGAUUGUCCUCAUAUCAGAUGCACCAUGAACAAAAUACAGAGAGAGACUUCCCUACAGAUACUAAGGAGAGAUGUUCUCCCAGGAGGAGCAGACGAUUGCCGAGCAGCAUGAGUGUGGAUAUCAGUGCCAUUGACACCAGCUACCAGGACAGCCUGCUGAAUAUGGGGGGCACUGAGAGACGAUCUCUAUCUCCAUGGGACUAUAGCCUCACUGUGGAUCCUGACAGAUUCCCUGAUAUUAUCGCUGAAGCAAACUGUCUCAGCUCAGUCUGCACUGACUCCAAUGGAGAGCAAGUCCCUGACCUCAUCUCCAGUCCUAUCCAGCAUGAAAUCAUGGUCCUGCGCCGAGAGUGGAAAGACUGUGACUAUAUCUACAGACUGAAGAACCAGCUGGUCAUAGUAGGAUGCACAUGCACCAGAGCCGCUGUCAGCGAAGACUGGUCGUUAUUAGAUCUCCACUGAUAUCCAUCCCCUGAGUCUGAAAUAAAUCCAAUACAUGUACAGUGUAAUAAUAUGCAAUGUAUACUG